AAAGAAGCUCGAUAAACGAAUGCUUGAUGCGCCGGUGAACAUGUAGCCUGCUAAAGCAGUGGCAUCGGAGUUAGGGGCCGUUCACACCGAACACGUAUUUGCGUCUGUCUGCGCUUUUUUAUGUAAACAUGCGCUACACGGACGUCUUUGACAAUUGUGUGCUGUUCUAUUUGUUGCGACUAGCUUUUUUAGCGCAAGAACGCGUUUGCUCUGAACGGCCCCUUAGCCGUUAACCGCUACUUUAGCUGCUAAUCAGCUAAAGCGCUUGGUUUUUCGCUGCAUGUAUUGUCAAGCAUUCGUUAGCCGCUACUUUAGCCUCCGUUCCCCCGCCCGCUGACUAGUACGAUGCCUCUUGUUACUUUUAAAUGCUAUUUUGGUACUAUCUAUGAUGGCUUAUAAAAGUAGGAGCUGUUGAACUUCUGUAUAAACAAUCCAAUUUUUACAUUAGUAUAAUUGAUCCAAUUUUCCUGAUUUAAAUGUAGAAGUGCCAGGCUGUUUUUUCCCUAUCACACUGGGGUUGAUCCUGCGUUGUCCGGCCGGACGGACUGCACGCAGUCGGCUAGCCCGUGUUUUGACAUCUGUGUCCGGAUGCAGUUUGCAUGUUAGCAGCAGCCUUCGUAUCGUCUCAUUAACGGGAGAAAAGCUCGCUGUCAUUGGACCCAUUUCUGUUAACCGCCCUUUAGUGAUCAAUCAAGACAUUGUUGUUGUCGUGAGACAUUAAAGGCGAGAUUAAUAAGCGUAAGAUUGUGUGCCAUCUACCCGCAGCGGGGUGAUCAACUCCCUUUGUUUUUCUAGCAUAGCUAACAGACAGUUAGACCCCCAGCCCAACUAUACUCGUACAGUAGAUUAACAUAUACAGUUUAGGCCAAUGUUUUGUUGAAGACUUGAUAUUGGUGAUAUGGAAAAUCACCUAUUAUAAGUGUUGUUACAAAGUUGUUUUUUCUGCUCUUCUUUGUCCAGCACACAGAUUGAGCAACAUGAUCUGUGUGUCAUCUUUAGUGAGCUCAAGCCAAAGAAGGAUUUCUCCACUGGGCCCCAUUUGCGCAGUACAGCCAACGAAGUGAAUUUGUAGUAAAGGGGUCAAAAGAAGCAGAUUACACCCUUUCUCAGUUUAAACCCAGUGUGUGUAUAUAUAAGAGCAUGUUUUAGGUAUGAUUCAUGACAGCUGUCUCUUUGGAGACAUAGCAAACUCGUGAAGCAACCCCCAUCCCUCCAUAUUACUCAGUUUACACAUGCAGAGGCAGCUCACAUAUUUCUUUCCAAGGGUCAACAGGGUGAGCAUCACCUCAGCAUGUCAUUGCAUCAGGUUCUGCAGUGGCCCUCUGCCUGAUUGACUGAUUCAGGGGAUAGUGCUGUUUUGGUUGUCUCUCUUCAGCAGGACCAGCAUGGUGAACUCAUUACCCUCAUUCUAAACUUGGUGAACCCUCAGCAGGAGUGUGGGAACCAAAACCUCCAAACAUCCAUUUAAGUUGGAUUUUAAAGAUACCAGCCAGGGAAAACAUCUUGUACCAGCCUAACAAACGUGAUUUUUAUUGUAGAUAUGUGUCUUUUGUAAUCUUUGUUUUGUUCGUCUGUGUCUUGUCCUGCUUUUUAACAGGGAAGAGACACUUCAGUAGUGAUGCCAGACUGUCUUAGUGUUUCAUGUGCUCAUAAAAAUGACACAUCCGUAUGACUGGAUGACCCAACUGUUGUGUUGUUUUUGUCAACAUUAUGCACAUCCUUUCAUCCGCCAGUGAUUUUGUUUUGCUCUCUCUUGCAAGAACACACCAAGCUGUCAAAUGUCAUGGCUAGAAAUGGAUUGAUGUUCUUUGGCUCCAGGCUAAGUCAGUUUAUCAGGCAAAUCUGUCUUUUUGUUGUAUGAAAUGUUACCCUGACCUGAAAACAGUUUUGGUUGGUCCUAUAAUUAUGGUUGUGAAAGGGAAACCUUCAGCAAUAAGGGAGUCUCAAAUAAGUGAACUGAAUAAAAAUCCUGUGGAAGGAUUCUCAGCUGGUUUGAUAGAUGAUAAUGACCUCUAUAGAUGGGAAGUGCUAAUAAUUGGUCCUCCUGAUACACUCUAUGAGGGUGGUGUCUUUAAAGCCCAUCUUACGUUUCCCAAAGACUAUCCUCUCAGACCUCCCAAAAUGAAGUUCAUAACGGAAAUAUGGCAUCCAAACGUUGACAAGAAUGGUGAUGUUUGUAUUUCAAUAUUACACGAACCGGGAGAAGAUAAAUAUGGCUAUGAGAAACCAGAAGAGCGCUGGCUCCCCAUCCACACUGUAGAGACUAUCAUGAUUAGUGUCAUCUCUAUGCUAGCUGACCCCAAUGGUGAUUCCCCUGCCAACGUUGAUGCAGCAAAAGAGUGGAGGGAAGACAGACACGGCGAAUUCAAAAGGAAAGUCGCCCGCUGUGUAAGAAAGAGCCAAGAGACUGCCUUUGAGUGAUAUUCAUCCAGCAGCUUGUAGCAUCACAAUAUUUUCAGGGUCUCCAGUUGAGAAACAACAUGGCACUGUUUUCUUGCACUCUACCACCCUAUUGCUGGACUGGUUUUCAUUGAAUGUUAGCAGUAACAGGCUGGCAUUAAUAGGCUGCAAUAGAACAUAAGGCCAUCACAGAUGCUGACAGAACAUGCCAAGCAAGUGCCAACAAAAAAAGAGAAAAAAACUUAUUAUAACUUACCUUUUCUCCUUUUUUUCCAAGUCUAUGAACUGAUACAACUUUCAGGAAGAAAUUGUAAAGACCUGUACAUAGCACAGACAUAAAAUCCGGAUAAUAUAUAAUAACUGUUCCUAUCCAUCCAGCGAGACUUAGUACCAAAUAAAAUAGAAGUUCUGUAGUUAGAGUGUGACAUCCUGUAAAGUUUUUGAAGAGAAUAGAUCAUCUUCCACCCUCCCCUCCUGCUGCCUCACAUCUUCUAGUGUGCAUCAGAUCUGUUACAGGUAUGAGUGGCCUCACAUACUCAUCUGUCAGUUUGAACAAAAGUCUGCUUUGGCAUUUUUCAAUCAUUAGAAUUCCUCAAGUAUGUUGGACAGCUCUCACUCGGGACACUUCAGGUAAAAUAAAUAGCUGAAGAGCACGUUCAUUUGCUAAUUGAUUAGGGGGUCAUGAAGGUAUUUCUCUGGUUUGGUUUUUAAAUGGGGUGGGAGGGAAGGGGAGUUCUCUUGCUUUGGCUGAAAGAGAGCUCUAUUAUAGAGGAUGACUGCAUUCUGAGUGUCAGGUUCUAAUCUUUUUCCUAUUCUGUUUUGGUGCGGGGAGGCAGUGGCAAGGAAACCCAUCAAAUGUGAAUUUAUUUUUUUUUUCCUCCUCUCUGAGCAUGUUUAAGUUCUCUUUUUGGUUUUCAAAAGUGCCUCCAAUUUAAAUUGCUUGGCUUGUUACAUGCCCUGCAUCAAACAGGAGCUAACGGGAGUGACGUGUUAACAUUAAAACAACUCAACAUCCUCUGAAGCUUGUGUGAAUGUGUGAGGUGGUUUUUUUCCUUUCUUUUUUCUCAUAACCCUUGUACCAGCAUUUUUAAUUUUGUUUUGGUGUAGCAAUAACUCUGCCCAUUUGUGUGUGGACAUGCUAAAUUGGAUAUUCGCAUAAGAUGUCUUGUAAGGAAGCAUAGAUUUCUUCCUUUCAUCAAACCAGAUUAUACUUUUUUUUUUUUUUAAGAGCUUGACAUUUCUUUUUGUGUGGUGUCUUUGAUAGGGUUCUUAGCCAUGCUUUAAAUGUAGGUUUCUCGCUAGCAGUUUCUGGGAUUUAAACUGUGAGUUGAGUGUGUGUGUGUGUGUGUGUGUGUGUGUGCGCGCGCCUGUAUCCCACUCUCUCUCCUCCCACAAUCUUUAAUUCUCUUGUUGGUUUUAUUCUGGCUCUGACAGACUACUGCAGUUCUUUUGCCUAAUGUACAAAGACAAAAUACCGAUGUAUAUUUUUCAUGUUAUGGAAAUUGUCACCUCUUGUGAGUUCUUCUAAAAUAUAAUUCUUUUCCAAUA